AUCAAACAUUUUCCUGCGCUCCAAAGCUUAUCUGUCUCAAUAACAUAUGUGCGAACAAUUUUUGUAGCUCUGCUUUAUUUUUUAUAAAAUACUCAUGAUAUUGUUUUUCAAUUUCGCAGCGUCUGAACGAUAUUUUUUUACAUCUGAAAUUCGAACACUUAUAAUUAGCAAGUUAAAUUUUCUAUAUUUUGACUCAUCAAAAUGGAUGACAAUUUCUUAAUCUGGUCUUGCAAUAGAAGAAAAUUCAUGAAAGUAAUUUCAUCUAAAGACGAGUACAAGGAGCGUCUUGGGUGCAAAUUAAAUUCCGUUUGGUACUUAAAGAUAAGAAUUUUAAAGGAGUAUGAUUAUAAUUCAGUGGAUGUUUUUCCUGGUGAACGCAGCUACUACACCAACUGGGAAUUCCGAGUUGUCAGAGAACAUGGUUUAAACGCAACUUGCGUUAACGCCAAGCUGGUGUCGAACACUAAAGUGCUUGUGGAUAAAGACUUAUACUUCAAUCUGGAUUGUACUGGAUCUGACACAUUUUACUGUGAUACAACGAAGUUAACCGAUUAUUACCUGGAUUGUGUCUUGAGGUUCCCUGAAAGCAAUGGUGCUGAAAAUAUAAUCGAAGAACAGACACUUAUAUCUGAACUCAAUUACUUGGUGGAAGAUUUCCAAGCCAUGUUUGAUAAAAGACACUUGACGGAUGUGACACUUCAAUGUGGAUCUGACGUCCUGAAGGCUCACAAAAUUAUCCUCUGCACCAGAUCACCAGUUUUCGAAGCCAUGUUUGCUAGUCCGAUGCAGGAAAGUAAAAAUAACACGGUUAUUAUUAUGGAUCUGGAUUCUAGUGUCUUUGGAGCCGUUAUCAACUUCAUGUAUAGUGGUCGGGUAAAAAUUAAUUCCACCAGAAUGGCUUGCGAUCUUUUAUAUGCUGGUGAGAAGUAUCAAAUUAAAGGACUUAAAGAAGGGUGCAUUAAGUAUUUGAAAUCUGUGCUGUCUGUUGAAAAUGCGAUAAAAAUUCUUGAGGUGUCUGAUUUGUACGACAUUCAGCUGAAGUCCAACGCGUUGAACUUUGUUAAAGGUCACUUUGAGGAAUUGAAAUGUACAAUUGAAUGGAGUGAACUUAAAUCAAAGAAUAUUACUCUAGCUUUGGAAGUAUAUUCAAUUUAUGAGUGAAAUAUUUAACAUAAUAAUAGACGACAAAUUAUUCAUUUUGAAUUAAUAUUGGUUUGCAUUUUAUGUAGAUAAGUAAUAUAAAUGUAUUUUAAAUUUAGAUUGAUAUUUUUUCGAA